UUUCGCUGGGCUCUGGGCUCUGGCGCUGAUAUGACCGACGACAAACGGGGAUAAAUAAGGACCGAGAUAGAGACACAAUUAAGUCGAAGAGAGAGAGCAAGAUAAUUCGCGAACCAACACACUGGGACACACACCGGCAGCAGAUUGUUUGAUUGUGCAUACACACAGUACACAGUGUACAGCAUCCUGAACUGAGGAUAUAACAGUUGAUUGCUUCGUAGGCACUUGGCAACUUAAGUAGUGCAACUUUUAGUUUACAAGUAAUACAAGUGUACGUUUAUUAAUAUACUAGUUAAUUUAUAUUUUAUAAUAUUUAAAUAAUGUUUAUUAUUAUUUUAAAUUAAUGAGUACAGUCAGGGUUUAACGAGAGACGCUUGAGGAAGGCGUCUAAGAAGGUGGGACAUGCUACGGAGCAGGAGCUAGAAUACUCCAGGUGAUGGUUUGUCGAGGGCUAAACCUAACUAACAGUGGAAUUGUAUUUUUAAAAUAAAUAAAUAAAAAAGGAGUAAGGAUACAAGGGCCGAAGGGCAAACUGUACACGCCCGGCUGUCAUAAACGCGGUGUCCUAACGUAGACGCCAUGUUACGGAUUCGCGUGUCGAUGGCGAGUGUUUCUGUGUUUUUAUUCUUCUGUUAUGUCAUCAGAAUUGUUUCCACAAAUGAGCUCAAUGAAACCACCACUAAGAUAACGGAAGUUGUUGAAACGCAAAAUGUACCAUUUGCUAGCAUAGAAAUAGAAGCAUCACAACAAUUGGACGGUAUUGAAGCUGGUAGUACACCUUCUUUUAUUUGUAAGCUUAGUGAACCUAGUCAUAUUUGGUGGACGUUUAGUGAUAAAAAUGUUACGACAAUUAAUGAGUCUGACUACAGAGCGAGGUUUGAUUUGAAAAUUGCAAGUAGAAAAGACUCGGGUAAUUAUACUUGUAAAGCUAAGACUUAUGGUGGAGAAUUUUUAGAAAAAACAAUUUCUAUUAGAGUUGUAGAACCUGGUAGAACUGAAGCAACUCAGGAUAUUUGGGUAAAUGCAACUGCCCCAGUAAUUUUAACCUGUCAUAUUUACGGUUUUCCUCUGCGUAACUUCACUUGGAUAAAAGGAAACAAUUCCGAGAGUAUCGAAGACCUGAAGGAGCAGACACACGUGACGAAAGUCAAUGAAACUUACUAUGUUUCGAUGUUGAAUUUUACCCGCGUGUACAGAAAUGACAACGGAACGUACUCGUGUCUGGCUUACGAUUUUAAUAGUUUAGUAGUAGGUCUGAGAAAUCUUUUUGUCGUUGACGUGCCUCAAGUAAACAUUGACUUUAUAAAAGCUGUUGGUGCUGAUAAAAUAUAUCUUAAUUGGACAGUUAAUGAUGGCAAUAAGCCGAUACUACACUACAAUGUUAAGUUUAGAAAUAAUGUAACAAAUGAUAUUGUUUAUUAUCGUGAAAGAAUUGACGGUAUUAAUAAGAGUUAUGUACUUAAAGGUUUUGAUAAAGCAACGACUUAUCAAAUAAGUAUUGAAGCUACUAAUGAAGUAGGUGUGUCUCAAGUCUAUACUGAUCAACGAUUGAUAACGACCUUGACAGAGGAUCCAGUGUUUGUGCCCACUGGUAUUGUCAAAGGUAUCACUGAAGGCUCAAUAACCCUGGGUUGGACUCCGCCACCACCGGCGCUGAAAGAACACGUCCAUUAUUACAAUCUCAUGAUCAUCCACGAGAAUGAAAAAAAAGAAGCUGUACAUCACACGCAGUCGGGAUUUAAAGAACAUGCGUUCACAGAUCUCAGACCGGCAACGACAUAUCAAUUUAAAAUAGCAGCUUGCAGUUAUUACACUCAGCAAUGUGGUAAUUGGAGCGCCGAAAUAAAUGGGACUACUAUGGAUGGUGUUUGUAGUGCGCCGCAAAAUUUUACAGUAUCCUGUCACUAUGACAAAUUAACCCGCACAAGUUUUGUCUCACUAACUUGGGCUCCACCGGCUAUUUUAAAUGGAGUUAUCACUCGUUAUCAAUUAGAUUUAUCGGGAGUUUCACACUAUCGUGAUGAUCGUUCGAGAUUUCAAGUAGAUCGUUGGGGUCCAUUUAGUCACAACACCCGAGAGAAUGAUCACAGCUGGGAAUUUCGAAGUGUACCAUCUAAUACAAAUUAUACUGCACGUAUUUCCGGAGUGACUAGAGUUAAAACACCGGGUAAAGAAGCUGUUGGUAACUGUACGAUGCCAGGAACGAUACCAGACCGUGAUGAUUUGAAUGCACGUAGUUGGCGUAAAAUUGAGAAUGAAGGGAGACAUUUAUUUAAAAUAAAUCUUCCUCGUAUAUCUGAAAGAAACGGUCCGAUUUGUUGUUACCGUAUAUUUUUAGUUAAACUCGCGCCUUAUAAAACUUGGGCAGAUCUUCCGCCGCCAGAAGAACUGGAAAUAAACUCAUAUCAUUAUGCUCACAUGUCGCCGGCGGGGGGUGCGUAUGUUGCCGAGAUGUUUGACACUGAUCAUUUGAUAUCGGAAAUUUUUCUUGGUGACGGUCAUACUAAUUAUAAUGGAAGCUCUGCUUGCAAUAAUUGUAUUGGAUUACGUCCCAAACCUUCGCCAUCAUUACGACUUAUUCCUGAAGUGCCAAUACUUAUAAAUAUAACCAGUUUGCCUGCAACCACUACCACCACAACGACGAUGACUACUUCUACGUCGACUUCUACAACACCAGCAACGACAACGACAACAACUAAGAUCACCACUACGACGACUGCUAAAGCUGAGACGACGACUAUGUUAACUCAGACAACUCUAUCAACAAAUAGUGAUUUAAAUUUAAAUACAAUUACUAAUCAAUUGGAAAGUUUGACGACAGUUGCUACUAGACGUAAGCGUGAUAAUUCUGUUGGUGAUAAUAUGCUGAUUGAAAAUACUCAAGAUUCGGGACAAUCUUUUCCGAUUGAUGGUUUUCUUGAUGAACAAUCUAAUUAUACGGCAUUUAUUGAAGUUACUGUUUAUGGUGGCCAAGACGGGCAAGUGAUACCAGCGUAUAGCGGAUAUUUAAAUACAUUAUUCGGAGGCUUAGAACCUCGUGCCAUGGUAACUGAGCAAGGAGGACCACUUGGAGUAAUACUUCAAGUAUCCGUUGCACUGAUACUUAUUGUCAUAAUUCUCCUAGUCGCGCUGUGUGCCCUUCACAGGUAUACCAAACGUGCAGAACAAAACGGUGAGGAAAACAUAAAUUUGAGGAACAGCAUCAGGCAUCUCUGCAGGAGCUUGAGAGGAAGACAUCAGCUUGUAGCAGCCAGUCCACCGGAUAUGCCGCCUAUACCUAAAAAUGAAUUGCUCCAAGCUUACGUUGAACGUCAUCGUGACUCUGACUAUGGAUUUCAACAUGAGUUUGAAUUAUUACCCGACAGAUUUACCGAUCGUACUACUCGAGGUUCCGAGGCCCGUGAAAAUCUUUACAAAAAUCGCUACCCGGAUAUCAAAUCUUAUGAUCAAACUCGGGUGCGACUAUCGUUAAUUGAUGGAAUAAUUGGCUCGGAUUACAUAAAUGCAAACUUCGUUCUUGGUUAUAAAGAGAGAAAGAAAUUUAUUUGCGCACAAGGGCCUAUGGAUAAUACAGUUUGUGAUUAUUGGAGAAUGAUAUGGGAGCAGCAUCUUGAGUUGAUAUUAAUGUUGACAAAUCUAGAAGAAUAUUCUAAAACAAAAUGUGCUAAAUAUUGGCCAGAUAAGGAUGAAACUAAAAACUUUGGUGAUAUUACCGUUGAGCAUGUUAGACAAAGACCAUUUUCAGAUUAUGUUGUACGUGAGUUAAAAAUGACUAAAGUCGGCGAACGCGAUUCUAGAACAAUUGUCCAGUAUCACUUUUUAGUUUGGAAAGAUUUUAUGGCACCUGAACACCCCCAUGCUAUUCUUAAAUUUAUAAAACGUAUUAAUGAAGCCUAUUCACUGGAAAAAGGGCCUAUACUUGUUCACUGUAGUGCUGGUGUAGGUAGAACUGGUACACUUGUUGCUCUAGAUUCUUUACUUCAACAGCUUGCUGAUGAAGGUCAAGUUUCUAUUUUCAAUACUGUUUGUGAUCUUCGGCAUCAACGUAAUUUUUUGGUACAAUCUUUGAAGCAAUAUAUAUUUAUUUAUCGUUCUUUAAUGGAAAUGGCUACUUAUGGUGAUACGGAAAUUCCACUCGGACAAUUAAAAGCGACUGUGGAAAAAUUAAGACAGAAAGAAAAUGGAAAAGAUAAAUCUCGAAUGGAGGAGGAAUAUGAUGAUCUUGUUACACAAACGCAAAAAAUAAGUUCUGUUUUAGAAGAACGUAAAUCAUUUUCAGUUGGCAGUGGUGACGAAAAUAGAAUUAAAAAUAGAAGUGAAUUAGUUAUACCUUAUGACCGUAAUCGCGUAAUAUUAACUCCUAUACCAGGUCGUGAACACUCAACAUAUAUUAACGCAUCAUUUAUUGAAGGAUAUGAUAAUUUUGAAUCGUUUAUUAUAACCCAAGAUCCUCUAGAGUCAACAAUUGCCGACUUUUGGCGCAUGAUUUCGGAACAAUGUAUUUCAACAAUUGUAAUGUUGUCUGACUUAAAUGAAGGAGCAAGAAAAUGUCCGAGAUAUUGGCCAGAAGACGAGGCAGUGUAUGAACAUAUAAGAGUGUCUUACAUUCAGAGUGAAAGUUGUCCAUACUACACUCGGCGUGAGCUUUGUGUAGCAAAUACUAAAACUGAUGAGACAACAGUAGUAACGCAAUAUCAGUACCACGGUUGGCCGACGGUUGAAGGUGAAGUACCGGAAGUAACUCGUGGGCUUAUUGAACUUGUUGAUCAAACAACUUCAACAGAUAUUGAAACCACAGUACCAAUUGUCGUCCAUUGUAGUUUUGGGUCGGAUAGAAGUUCUAUGUUUGUUGCCCUUAGUAUAUUAGUACAACAAUUAAAAACAGAGAAACGUGUUGAUGUUUUUACGACAACGAAAAAACUCAGGUCACAAAGACAUGGCAUGAUUAGCAGCUAUGCGCAGUAUGAUUUUCUUCAUAGAGCAAUUAUGAAUUACGCGGAUCUACAUAAUUUAACUGAAGAUUUAUCUAAUUCAUAAUAAUGUAACGGUGACAUUUAUUGAUAUUCCAAAAGACUGAUCUCAUCAUUUUCUUGUUUACGUAAGUCAUUAUUCGAUUUACAAUAAACGGAAUUUUUAAUCAUUAUUAUAGUAAUUAUAAAGAAACUAAAAGUCAUUAUUAAAUGUAUCAUUAAUGGAACAACCAAAUAUCGAGCAUCUGAAAUUUUUUCGUGCCUAAAAAUUACAUGUGAUUAAUUUUUGUGUUCCAUUGUAUCAAUGAUACAUAAUUUAAUCAGUCUUUUUAUAUUUAUUAUUAAUUACGUCAGUCUUUUACGACCCACUCAUAUUUUUUACCCAAGUUACACUUACCCAGAGUACGUAUUCAUGAGCAUGCGUACAUCGAAUGACCAAACGGGUAAUGAAAAAUUAUAAAAGGUAAAAAUAUUUGACAAAAAUAUCAUCAGAAAAUUUAUUAUUUCAGCUGUGCUGUUACAAAUAAAUUAAUAUAAUAAUUACUAAUAAUAAUAAUUAUAAUAAAUGUAUGAAAGAUAAAUGUGAAUGUAUGUUUUUGUAUACAUAAUUUUUUUAAUGAGUGCAAUUGUGCGUUUUCGUGAUGGAAAAUGUAAUUAAAAAGCUUCGGCAUUAUUUUGUUAGCUAAAAUUUUCAUACUGACACUGGGAGUAAAGUUUAAGUAACAAUAACAAUAACAAUAACAAUAUGUUGUUAAAUGACUGUCAUUAAAAAAUCGUAAUUUUUAUUAUUGCCAUAAAAUAAAACAUUCAUCGUAAAUUGUAAAUAAUUAUACAUAUUAAAAAAUAUACAAUAUAAAUUUCGUGAUUGUCAGAUUUAUACAUUAAUAUUAUAUAAAUAUAUAUAUAAAUAUAAUGUGUCUGAUUACAUGAAAAUAUUGAGUGUGCGUGCGUGCGACGGAUUAUUCAUGUAUUAGUAUAUAUUUUUUUUUAAAUGUUUUUUUAAUAAGAAAAAAAUAGAAAUAAUAGGGAAAGACUGAUAGUGUAAUUUAAAAUUCGAAUAAUUUUCGAAUGUUAAUUACACAGCCAUUUUUUACGGAGUCUCCCAUCGAGCCCCUUUUUACAAGAGCUCAAUUACGAAGCACAAAUGAGAGCUUUAUUUUUUUUUUUAAAUUAUAUACAAUAAAAAAAAAAUGGUCACAUUUUUAUAUGGCUAAAAUUAUAUGAAAUUUAAAAACAACGACAUGUAUUUCGAAUAUAAUAUUAAUUAGACAUUUUGUCAUUAUUAUUAUUAUUAUUAUUAUUAUUAUUAUUAUUACUAUCACUUUUUUGCGUCUAUUGUUAAUUAUCACAAUUGUAUAUUUGCUAUAAAUGUUUUUGUUUUUUAUUUGUUCAUUGUUUUCUAGUCAAUUAAAUAACUCCAGCACGCGCGCUGCUAAAAAUAUUUAUAUAUAUAUAUAGUAAUUGGUCUUUUUUAAAUGAGAGACAAUCGUAAUAUCAUUUUCACUACCGAGCAUCGAUAAUAUUUUUCUCGCUUAUAAAUUAUAUCAUUUAAUAUUAUUAUUUUAUGCUUUUCAUUCCAUUUAUUUCGUCUGUUGCGCGGCAAAUAAACGCGAUCAUUUUUUUUUAACACUUUGUAUGUAUCAAUACCUAAUAUAAUUAGCUCAUAUUUAUAAUGUUAUCUCAAUUACACAAAACAUAUAUAUGUAAAUGAUAUAUAUAAUAUUUGAGGUAAACAGUUGUAUUUUCAUACUGUUAUGCUUUUUACACCAGAAAGUUGCUAAUUUAUUGUUUAAUUCACUAGGUUUUGUUUUACUUUAUUUUGUUUGAUUUUUUUUAAGUCACCGACGAAGGUGAUUAAUUGUAUAAAAUAAUUAUAUUAACAUUUAUGUUUAAUUUUAAUGCAUGCCUGAAUAAAUUACCUCGUUAAUAUACAUACAGCCUUUUUAUAAAAAUAAAUACAAAAAACUAUAGAUCUGCUUUAUGUGUUGCCAUAUGUGCUAUCAUUCAACUGCUGGUAAUUAAUUUAUAUAUAUAUUUAUAUAUAAACAUGGAUAUUAGACUGCCAAAUAAUCGACAUUUUUUUUUUCAGUCCCAUAUGAAAAUUUUGUUGAGUGCAAUGAAAAAAAUUGCGUACCAAGUUGGAGUCAUUCAAUCCAAUUAAAAAACGCGCGCUCGUUUAAAUAAAAUUUCCCAUUUAAAGAAUAUGGGAAAAAUUUUUUUUAACUUAGAAAUUUUAUUGACACGACUAUAAAAUUUUUUACAAAAUCGAAGGCUGUACGACAAAGAUCUCUUAUCAUUUUUUAAAAAAUCUAAUCAUUCAAAAUUUACUUUUUUACAAAAAUUUCCGUUUUUUACUUGAAUAAUUAAAUUGUAAAAUCUGUAAUUUUUGAAAUGUGAAAUAAUGAUUUACUACUAUAUCCUGAUUGCAAAAAAAAUUAUCUAUAAGACAGCUCUUGUGACACUGCGAUAAGACUGAUAAUUUGGCGGGAAAAUUUAAAAAAAUGAUAAAUUUGAAUUUAAGUUGAAAUAACUUUUGAAUGGUUAGAUUUAUCAAAAAAUUAUAAGAGAUCUUUUUUGUAACGCGUUCAAUUUUCUGCAAAAAUAUCUUAUGGUCAUUUCAAUUUAUUGAUCCAUUAAUGAGUUAUAAAAUUUGAAAGUUGAAAAAAAAUGUUUCCUGUUUUUAAAAUGGGAAAUCUUAUAAACGCGCGUUUUAAAAUUGAGGAGGGCCAAACUUGGUAGAAAAUUUUCUUUAUAUAGACAACGUAAUUUUCGUAUGACAGAAAAAAAUAUCAAUUUUAUAUGGCACAGUCUGAUAUAUUCAUAAAUUAUUGUAAAUGGAAUGUUUUUUUACUGUAAAAUUAAUAAGUUAUUUGGAAUGUAAUAUUCCUGUCUGAUUCUAAAAGAGUAGAAAAAAAUCUAAAGGCUCUAAAACGAAUGUACAAUAAUCAGUAUUUAUGCUUGUGAAUAUUUUGUUAACCGCAAAUUUAUGAGCCCCAAGGAAUAUUAAAUAAAUUACCAAUUGAAAAAAAAAAUGGUUAUUACGGAGACUAGAUCGUCUUUUUAUAAUAAAAAGUCAUUAAAAUUUUAUUUAGCAGUAUUAAUAUGAUCAAGAAAUGGCAGAAAUGAAAUAAUGAAACUAAAAAUGCAACUAGUUCACGCAUUAACUAUUGCGAGAUUCUUCAUUUGUGCGUACAAUUAUUUAUAAAUAAUAAAUUUAAAUAAAAUGGUGAAUCUCUACCUCAUCUUAGCGAUCAGUAAUCAGAUUUUUCGAUCAACUCGAAAGUAACUCAAUAAUUUUUUAUAAAUUUUCUCUUUUCUUUUUAUAUUCAGAAUAUAUUUUCUUGUACUUAACAAAUGAAGAAUUAAGUGGCAUUAUUUGCUAUGAAUAAAUAAAUAAAUAAAAUAUACAAAUGAUAGUAACACCGAUUGAAAUAAUAAUUGUAAAUGUAAAGAGAAAAAAUAACGAAAGGACAAAAGAAUAAAAAAUAGACUGAGCAAUUUUCAUUGCUUGUAUUUUUUUUUUGUUUGUUUACGUGAUUAAUCAAUACAGUGGACUUAUGAAAAAAAAGUUAAUUAACUAAAAUAAUUAUUUCACAUAUUGUUGUCACGUGUGCGUGAACGCUGGAGAGUUUUGUAAAGUAACGUUUUUAAAACAAUUUAAAAAAUAAAUAAAUAUUAAUUAUAA